UUAAGGUAGUUGGGAUUUCAAAGAUGGGUUCAGCAACUGGGGGGAGAAGAUGGUCAUUGUCUGAAACCACUGAGCUUAACAUCCAGAAAGGUAACAUCACUCUGGGGUUUGUUGAUGGAGGGUCAACAACUAUGAUCAAUCCAGCAAAUGAGAGAAUGCUUGGUGGUGGUGGCGCAGAUGGAGCCAUACAUAAGGCUGCUGGACCAGAACUCCUGGAAGCAUGCUAUAAAGUCCCUGAAGUUCAACCUGAAGUACGCUGUCCAACAGGAGAAGCAAGGAUUACCCCAGGUUUCAAACUGCCUGCAUCUCAUGUGAUUCACACUGUUGGACCAAUCUAUGAUUCUGACAAAGACCCCAAAGCUUCCUUGACAAGUGCAUACAAGAACUGCUUGAGUGUGGCUAAAGAGAACAAUGUUAAAUACAUUGCUUUUACUGCAGUAUCCUGUGGUGUAUAUGGAUAUCCUUUUGAGGAAGCUGCUACGGUUGCUAUAUCUACUGUCAAAGAAUUUGCAGAUGACAUUAAAGAGGUGCACUUUGUUCUCUUCUCAGAUCAAAUCUACAAUGUUUGGUUGAACAAGGCAAAGGAAUUGCUCCAAGCUUAGUUCAUGACAGCAGCUAGAAUUACGUUGCUCUACCUUGUUGCUUGAGGCUGCAAAACUUUAGAUGUGUAUCUCAAUUGACUUGGAGGCCUGUAUGCAAUUAUGAGAGAUUGCUUUAAUUUUUGGUUUGUGAGGUUCCAGAACUUUAGAUGAAUUUGAGGCAUCUAUGCUUAUCUGUAGACAAAAUGCAUGUUCGUGCUAGUGUGGUAUUAAUGGUCUAGAUAUGUUGUCUUAAGUUUGAGCAAAUAUUUGUUUGCCAUUGUAUUCAGAAGUAUUUCAUUGGAUUGUGGAGUUGUUGCCCUCAA